GAUACCGUUCAAGAUCGGGCAGCCCAAGAAACAGAUUGUACCCAAGACAGUGGAGAGAGACUUUGAAAGGGAAUAUGGAAAGCUUCAGCAAUUGGAAGAUCAGACCAAAAAACUUCAGAAGGAUAUGAAGAAAAGCACAGAUGCAGACUUGGCCAUGUCCAAGUCGGCUGUCAAAAUCUCUUCGGACCUGCUGUCUAAUCCCCUGUGUGAACAGGAGCCCAGCUUUCUGGAGAUGGUCACGGCCUUCGACACAGCGAUGAAGAGGAUGGACUCUUUCAACCAGGAGAAGGUGAAUCAGAUCCAAAAGACAGUCAUAGAGCCUUUGAAAAAGUUCAGUAGCGUGUUCCCCAGCCUGAACAUGGCAGUGAAGAGACGGGAGCAAACGCUGCAGGACUACAAGCGCCUGCAGUCCAAGGUGGAGAAAUAUGAGGAGAAGGAGAGGACCGGCCCCGUCCUUGCCAAGCUGCACCAGGCCCGUGAAGAGCUGAGGCCGGUGAAGGAGGACUUUGAAGCCAAAAACAAGCAACUCCUGGAGGAAAUGCCCAAGUUUUAUAGCAGCCGCAUCGAUUACUUCAAACCCAGCUUUGAGUCGCUGGUCCGGGCGCAG